AUGUUUUUCUUCCGUGCACUUUCGGCGUUGCUCUUCCUGACACUCAUUAUCCUGUUAAUACCCCUCACCUUCGACAUUGGCGGGCGCGAUGCCGGUCUCGCAUUCUCGCUAUCGAUAGCCUCUUUCUACUUCGCCCUUUCGUUACUCCGAAUCACCACGCCUGAUGGAUCAAGAGUUAGGAGGACAAUCAUAAACCUGCUACGGGGUCUGCAAUGGCUCAUCCUGCCCGGUCUAUGCAUCUGGGCGCUGGGCAGAUUCUCGGUUGACGCAAACAACAGCGGAGGCUGGGUUGAGCGGACUUUCCGGGCAAAGAAGAGCAGCAUCUUGAACACUCAUUCCAGUUUCCGUGACUCUAUCUUCGGUCCCGGAGGGUUGGUCGAGAACGUCGCCAUUGGAGGCUGGGACCUGCUCCUGCGCUGGUCCUCGCCAGUCUUUCAACUGCUCGAAGGCUUCUGCAGCUUGCUGGUUAUCCAAGCCGUCGGACAACUUUCGAGAUGGCUUGUGAACAGAAGUGAAUGGAGCGAUGCCUGGCUGUUGACGCUUCUAGUUACGUCCGCAGGAGUCGUGUCGAGCUCUGUCUACUUCCUCUGGCGAGUCUUGCAGUUUCCAGACAUCUCCAACCUCGACUCCACGCUCAUCGGCAUUGCCAUUGCGUCGGCCAUUUUUCUAUGUGCAUACGGUGUGGUCUCGGGCCGCGGCACGGCAGUGGAAUCAUCCCUUCUUUUCGCCUACAUCGUGCUAUGCAUUUACCAAAUCUUCACCGACUACAAACCCAACACUAGCGGCUCCGAGGCCGGUACGGCAACUUCAGCACCCGACUUUCCUCCCUUCCCGCCCAUCAUCAUGUCGUCUUACACUGCCAUCAUGCACGCAUUGUCCUCCCUCCCAGGGGUCCUUGUCAACGCUCUGGAUUUCACAGCGGCCGCCUUCAAAGCCGUCACGCCAUCGGUGCUCAUUUCCCUCGGAUACCGUUUGUUCGUGUUCUACGCCUCGACUCGCAUCAUCCCAGCCAUCAACGAGAGCGGCGCCAGGGUUCUCAGCAUGGAGCCGUCUCUCGACGACACAAACGCCGGCAAUCAGUUCCUUGCUUUCCUCUCUUGGUUUUCCCCCAGUAUCCUGAUUGCAGUGUACACCAGCCUACUCAUGCAGCACUUUGCAACCACAAUGGGCGGAUACGCUCCAGGUUUGACCGAAACCAUUGAGGCGUGGUGGAGUGGCAAUGGCCAGCCAGGAAUGAAUGGAAACCUGUGGAAGUGGGUGAAUCUGGUUGGUACCAUGGGGCUGUAUGCCGUCGAACUGUAUCUCGGCCAGGAAGAUGAUAUUGAUGGUGGGCAUUGGAAGGUGGAUUGA